UUCUGGGGUACAAGACUCUCCCCUCCCACAAUGAGAGGCUACCCUAACUGAAUAAAUUAAUAAAUUAUGUUGAUGUUUGCGAUCAUCAACAUUAUCAAUAAACAUCAUUUACACCAUCAUAUACAACAACAUCAUCAGCAUCAACAACAUCAUCAGCAUCAGCAACAUCAUUAAUAACAUCAUCUACACCAUCAUCAGCAACAUCAUCACCACCCCUAGCAUCAGCAGCAAUAUCAUCAACAUCAUCAGAAGCAGCAUCAACAACAUCAUCAGCAUCAACAACAUUAUCAGCAACAUCAACAACAACAUAAUCAGCAAUCAGCAUCAACAACAUCAUCAGCAGCAUCAACAACAACAUCAGCAUCAACAUCAUCAUCAGCAUCAACAACAACAUCAGCAUCAACAACAACAUCAGCAACAACAACAACAGCAACAUCAACAACAACAUCAACAACAUCAACAACAACAUCAUCAACAACAUCAACAUCAACAACAUCAUCAGCAUCAACAACAACAUCAGCAACAUCGUCACCAUCUAGAACAGAGGGGAGGGAAGACUGCGGCCUAGUCGGCCUCGGGCCAUCCCGAGUUUUCCUAGCGGACCCGCCGCGCCCGGAGCGCCUCCCCCGGCAGGAGUCGGGAUCGAAUAACGGGCUUGGCCCGAGCGAGUUCCCGCCUUUUCACGAGUUGAUUCCGCCCCCCGCCGUGGCUUUGUCGGCACGAGGCUUCUGCGCCGGUGAGUGUCAAGGGCUCCAACGGGCCCCAAACCGCUGCCCCGUCGUCACCGCCGCCGUGGACAAAGCGCCGAUGCUCGACAUCAUGAGCUGCGUGGAGAGGGACCUUCUGGACCUCGUGUUGCGCACGGGGUACAACGUCGUGCAGGAGAACGGACAGAGGAAGCUGGGACCGCCGCCCGACUGGCAGGGCCCCCCUCCCGCCCGCGGCUGCGAGGUGUUCGUGGCGAGGAUCCCGCGCGACCUGUACGAGGACGAGCUGGUGCCCGUGCUGGAGGCGGUGGGGCGGCUGUACCAGCUGCGCCUCAUGACGACGUACCGCGGAAAGAACCGCGGCUACGCGUUCGCCACCUUCGCGACGCGCUCGCAAGCCGCGGACGCCGUCAGGAGACUCCACGAGUCGGAGAUCCGCCCGGGGCGACGGAUCGCGGUCCGCGUGAGCGUCGACAAUCGCCGCCUCUUCAUCGCGGGGCUGCCGAAGGUCAAGACGCGGGCCGAGGUGAUGGCGGCGAUGAGCGACGCCACGGAGGGCGUCGUGGGCGUCAAGAUGCGCUUCUGUCGCCACGACAGGAGCCUCAGCCGAGGCUACGCGCUCGUCGAAUACGAGAGCCACCGCGCGGCCUGCGUGGCCCGCAGGGUGCUGCUGCCGUACUCCUUCCGGCUGUGGGGCCGGGACAUCAACAUGGACUGGGCCAUCCCGCAGCGAGAGCCGGGGGCGGCGGCCGCUGCUGCUGCCGCGGCGGUGGAGGAAGAGGUGGUGGAGGAGGAGGAGGAUGAGGUGGUAGAGGAGGAGGAGGAGGAGGUGGUGGAGGAGGAGGUGGAGGAGGCAAUUGAAGACGAGGAGGAGGAGGUGGCGGCGGUCCCAGGCCUCCCGCAGCCGGAGUGCGCCGUCUGCGGCAAGGUCCCGCACAGCCUGUUUGUGGGCUGGGCGGCGCGCACGCAGCUCUGGCGGGCACCCCGCCACUCGCGGCCCACGCCCGUCGGUCUGGACGAACUGCCGGAGGCGGCCGUCUUGUCGUGGGAGACGCGUCUGCAGGCGCUGCUACGGAGCGCCGGCGUGGGCCACGCGACCUUCGAACUGCACGCUCACUCGGAGCCCGGCAGGCCCAUGGGCCUCCUGUACAAGGUCUCCGUUCCCGGGAUGAUGCGGGAAGGCAGCGGCUUCUUCCCCGCGGUGCUGAGCUCCAGCGUGGAGGGAGCGCGCGAAGUUGCCAGCGAGCUCCUCCACGAAAUCCUCGGCGACGCGAACCCGAGGGCUGGCCCGGCCCCCGUCGCGACGGCGCCUCCCGGCCGCCCCGUCCGGAACCUCUCGGCGUAUCCCGGCGACUUCCCCGUGCCCCGGCAGCCGGUCGCCGCGCGCCUGCCGACAAGCGGCACGCACCCGUAGUGCCGCGUGGCCGUCGUGGCGGCGUUCGUCAGACCGCGGACGGUGUCCUACCGCUUGAAGCUCACAUCCGUUCUGCCGUGUUCACCGUCAAACUGCAAGUUGCCCGGCCGCUCACUCGACAUGGUCACGUUGCCGCAUGCCAGAGCUCGCAAUCGGGUACCCGUACACGUUCCCUACCCGAUACCCGGCUACCCGUACCCGGCCGGGUACGGGUAGGGUACAGGUAUCGGGUACCCGAUUGCGACCUCUGGGAUGAAGCCACGUUGCAGGCGCGGGUGGGUUGAUUCUAGGAACUUGAAUUGUGAGAAGAGACAAGACGUUGGCAAAUGAGUG